AAAGGCUCAUUCCGUGAAACUGUGCAAUUAUCCUUAUCUUCUGCAACUAGUGAGUAGAGGCAGGUGCAGGCCAAUCCAACGACGAUGCUGAGCCUCUCCGUUGCUUCGCCAUCCACGGCCACUUUCUAUCCCAAGCCGGCGCUCUCCAAAACGAGCUUCCAUGGCGUUCGAAUAGCGCAGUUAUGCCCGGCGCGAAUCACUCCGUGCGCCCUGCGGAAGCCCAGUUCCGCUUCUUCGGUGGUGAUGAUGGCUAAGAGAGAAGAGGAAAUGAAGGAAAUUCGGGCCAAAACUACCGAAGAAAUCAACGACGAGAUUGUGGAGCUGAAAGGAGAGCUCCUCAUGCUCCGCCUCCAGAAAGCGACUCGCAACGAGUUCAAGUCCAGCGAGUUUCGGCGUAUGCACAAAAGGGUUGCCCGUAUGUUUACUGUUAGGAGGGAAAGAGAACUCGAGGAGGGCAUCAACAAGAGGUUAUCAAGAAAGCUUGAUCGGCAAUGGAAGAAAAGCAUUGUGUACAGACCACCUCCAUCAUUAAAGAAGCUGCGAGAGGAGGAGGCAGCUGCAGAAGCCAAGGAAUCGGCAUGAACUAAGUCAAUCCUUUCCUGAAUGAAAAUGUGCCCACUUUUGUUCUUCCAUUUUCCCCCUGGUAGUGAGGAUUGAGUUUAAAUCUGUGGUUUGAUUUCUGUAUGUGGCCCAUUAUUGUAUUUGUCAAUGUUAAUCUGUUGUUUACUCUGCAUUUUUUGCCCUCCCGCUAGGAAGGUUGAUGGUAUGUUGGCUGUAUAUGUGAAGUGACCAGUUCACAGUGAUUCUAAACAGAAGAUUCUGUUCAAUCAUAUGAAGUUAUGACUGUUUUAAUA